AUGUCUGCAAUGGCAGUUCUCUAUUCCGUGUGCCACUUCCAUGGUGGAUGGAGUCGACGGAAGUCAGCACCGAAGUCUCCUGUCACGUCAUCUCAAACGCCAUCAUCGUCAACACGUCGCCGAAUGAGCCGAAUAAAUUUGAAAAAAUCGUCGGCGGCGACGACUCCGACGAGUCCACAUUGCCCGUCUCCGCGGCUGAUUAGCCUGCCGAGAUGUGCAUCGUCAUCUAUUGAUCGGAAGGAUCAAGCAUCUCCGAUGGCAAGCCCUUCAACUCCACUAUAUCCUAAGCAUAGCGACAGUCUUCAUUCACUGUCUGGACAUGAUCACUCUGGAGUAGGGACAAGUGACAAAGAACCACCAAAGUUCAAGUACAAAAUGAUUAUGGUACAUUUGCCAUUUGAUCAACAUUCUAGAGUUGAGGUUCGACCCGGUGAAACAGCUAGAGAUGCAAUUUCGAAAUUGCUCAAAAAACGAAACAUCACACCUCAGUUGUGCCACGUGAAUACGUCACCGGAUCCAAAACAAGAAUCAAUUGAUUUAUCGUUGACAAUGGAAGAAAUAGCCUCGCGUCUCCCGGGUAACGAGUUAUGGGUUCAUUCGGAAUAUCUCAACACAGUAUCUUCUAUAAAACAUGCAAUUGUUCGGAGAACGUUUAUUCCACCAAAGUCGUGUGAUGUGUGCAAUAAUCCGAUAUGGAUGAUGGGGUUUCGAUGUGAAUUUUGUCAAUUCAAAUUUCAUCAACGAUGCUCAUCAUUCGCUCCUCUCUACUGUGAUUUGCUACAAUCGGUGCCGAAGAAUGAGGAUCUUGUCAAACAACUAUUCGGGAUAGCAUCGGAAGUCGAAGGCCCGGACAGAUCAGUCGCCGAAAUCGUGCUUGCGGGUCUUGCACCAACGAGCGGACAAAGUCCAGCGGCGACACCAGACAGUUCUCAUCCAGAUUUGACGAGUAUUAAGCGAACGGGUGGUGUCAAAAGGCAUCCAUUGACAGUAUCUCCACAGGCAGAAACGGCUCAAUUGUCACCUGCUGGACCAUAUCCACGGGAUAGAAGCUCUUCUGCACCAAACAUAAAUGCAAUCAACGAUGAAGCGACAGUGCAGCACAAUCAACGUAUUCUUGAUGCACUGGAAGCUAAACGGCUGGAAGAAGAGUCAAAAGACAAAACGGGAUCAUUACUUUCAACGCAAGCACGUCGGCCGCAUUGCUAUAGUGGUGGACAUAUUUUGCCAGGUGCUCGAAUGAAUCGUUUGCAUCCGCUUGUCGAUUGUACACCGCUUGGUUCCAAUUCUCCGUCUUCAACAUGCUCUUCGCCUCCUGGCGGUCUAAUCGGCCAACCGUCAAAUGUUACGGGAUCAACCACUUCAUCUCUUGUCGCUGCCCAUCUACAUGCUCUUCCACUGACGCCACCACAAUCAGCGCCUCCACAAAAGAUAUCACCCGGAUUCUUCCGAAACCGAAGCCGAUCGCCUGGAGAACGCAUCGAAGCCCAAAGAUCUCGUCCACCACAGAAACCACAUCAUGAAGAUUGGGAAAUUUUGCCAAAUGAGUUCUUGAUACACUAUAAAGUCGGAUCUGGUUCAUUCGGUACCGUGUAUCGGGGCGAAUUUUUCGGAACCGUUGCUAUCAAAAAAUUGAAUGUUGUGGAUCCGUCGCCUUCGCAAUUGGCUGCAUUCAAAAAUGAAGUCGCAGUGCUCAAGAAGACUCGUCAUCUCAAUGUUUUGUUGUUCAUGGGAUGGGUUAGAGAGCCAGAGAUAGCAAUUAUCACGCAAUGGUGUGAAGGAUCCAGUUUGUACAGGCACAUUCAUGUUCAAGAACCUCGCGUUGAGUUCGAAAUGAGCGCCGUUAUUGAUAUACUGAAACAGGUGUCCCUUGGCAUGAAUUAUUUGCACUCAAAGAACAUUAUACAUCGUGAUCUUAAAACGAACAACAUAUUCCUCAUGGACGAUAUGUCAACUGUCAAAAUAGGAGAUUUCGGUUUGGCAACUGUCAAAACGAAAUGGACUGUCAACGGAGGUCAACCACAACAACAGCCAACUGGUAGUAUAUUGUGGAUGGCUCCCGAAGUAAUCCGAAUGCAAGAUGAUAAUCCGUAUACGCCACAGUCGGAUGUGUAUUCAUUUGGAGUCUGCAUGUACGAAAUUCUCUCCUCACACCUUCCAUAUUCCAACAUUAACAACCGAGAUCAGAUACUUUUCAUGGUUGGUAGAGGAUAUUUGAGGCCGGAUCGAACGAAAAUUCGUCAUGAUACGCCAAAGAGUUUGCUCAAGUUGUAUGACAAUUGUAUUAUGUUCGAUAGGAAUGAGAGACCAGUUUUCGGAGACGUUCUCGAACGUUUGCGCGACAUUAUUCUACCUAAACUGACACGUUCUCAAUCAGCACCAAAUGUUCUUCACUACGAUUCGCAGUAUUCUGUGAUGGAUGCCGUUAUGAGAAGUCAAAUGGUAUCUUCUACAUACAUUCCACCUGCAACUGCAAAAACACCACAAUCCGCUGCAGCAGCUGCAGCUGCCAACAAAAAGGCAUAUUACAACGUCUACGGACUUAUUUAG